AUGAAAAUCACUAAAGUAUUAUACCUCCUCGCUGCUUUGUUAGCAGUGAACUUCAUUGCUCCAAGCUUCUACAAUAAUGUUGUAGAUGCAAAGAAAGCUUCCUACAAAAAAUUGACCCCUGCUGAAAGAAAAAAGAGAAACCAAAAGAUCAUGAUGAUCUCCUCCAUUGCUUCUGGUAUUGCCGUACUCCUCGGUACUGCCUUAGGCCUAGGUUUCCACUACAAGGGCAAGCGCGGAAACAGAAGAGGAACCCCAGCUGCCAAAAAGGAGCCAAUACUUGGUGCCUUGAACAACAAGCAACAGAAUGCACCCGCCCAAAAGUAA